AUGCUGAACGACAUGUGCUCUCAUCGCCUUCCGAUUUACGCUAAUCGCAGACGAGACUAUUCAUCCUCGUCCCCCGCGGGAGUGGUGAUCCACGGCUCAGGUUGCGCCACGUGUCUGCGCGGGCAGCGCUGCUCCUUCCGCGUGUCCGUGCGCGCGCCCGCGCGAUGGGCGCACGUGCUGGAGGCGGACAAGGAGAGCUGGUGGAAGCGCGACUUAGCUCUGACUCUAAGAGGCAUCGCGCUAGCUCACGGGGACAUUAGGUGUCUAGACCCUCCGCACUGCACGGAGUUUAGAGUGUCGUACCGCGUCUGGGACCCCGGCAAUUACUGGGCGACGCUGCACGUGGGUCACCAGCGGUUCCUGGCGGCACAUCUGUACUACUUGCUCACGGCCCAGGCGGACCCGAAUGUGCGGCGGUGGAAGGACAACCUGGUGUUUGAUGCGAGAGACAGCAGCAACCGCACGCUGAGGAUUAACUUCUAUUGGAUCGAUGGUAUCUAUAAGAACGGGGAGUUCGGCUGCACCCACCGAGGGGUCACAACCAACCGGUCGGAGGAAUUCCCGGAAAUUUCCCCCACGGCUGACGUCACGCUCUUUGAGGGAGGCUACUGGGCAGCUUCCUUCUGCCGCCAGCCCCUCAAGGCCCUCCGACUGCACCUCGAGGAGUUCGCUCGUUGGGCGCUUGCCGCCGCGCCCUCUAAAGGCAGGGUUAUUUUCCGAACUAUCCCGUCGUUUCCGGUGGCGGGGGACCGGUGUAAUGCGUGGUACCCCGGGCCGAGUUCGAACAGGGUGGUUAUGGCGAUUAAUGUGCUGCUGAAAAGGAUAGUGCAGGGGGGAGGAGUGGAGGGGGAACGGAGAGGAGUGGGGGAGGAGGGGAAUGUUGCUGAAGGAUUGAAGGCAUGGUGGGGAGAGGAGAUACGAGGGAGGGAUGUUGGUGGGGAAGGAAGGAGAAGUGGAGGAGGGAUAGAGAAGCUUGUGUAUCUUGAUUCGAGCUUGCAGGUGUUACCGCAGGACUCUGAGGAGGGAGAGGGCACAGGGAGAGCAGGAGAUGAGAGCAAUGCAGCAGCGGAGAGCAAUGGAGCAGCGGAGAGUAAUGGGGCGGCUGAGAAGCAUGGGGGAGUGGAUAUAGAAGAGGCGGAUGAGAUUGCUGCAGCUGCUGGUGCUGCUGGCGGUGUUGGGGGUGGUAGUGGUGAUGGUGGUGACAGCGGUGAGAGCAGCAGCAAAUCGUCACCAUCAUCCUCAGCAUUAUCGACAACAUCAUCAUCACCACCACCACCACCACCACCAGCAGCAGCAGCAGCAGCAGCAGCAGCAGCAGAAGCACAAUCUGCUGAGCUGGCAGCGUUACCAGCAGGGGCAGCAACAGUGCUGGACACGUGGCAGGUGGACGCCCCUCGGUAUGCCGACACAGCCGUGCCCAACGACCACCAUUACUCCAUGGUGAAACCCACAGAGGCAGGCACUGUGAUGGUGGGGGAGGUGGGGGAAGCACAGAUACGCGCAUUCAUUCACUACCUGCUGCACCUGCUGCCCCCAGUUCAUGCUAGUGCGCGCUAG